AUCGAUUGCAUUCCGUCGGUGUAGAUCCGCCUGAUAUACGCGCAUCCGCUGUAAGAUAGGGCUGUUGCUUUCCGUGCGACCAUGAGCGGCACCGGCAGCGUCAUCCGGACCCGGACCAAGGCCAAGACGGGCUGCACCACCUGUCGCAUACGAAAGGUAAAAUGUGACGAGGCCAAGCCGUCGUGCCAGAAAUGCGUCAAGACAGGCCGUACCUGUGAUGGCUACGACUCGCCCUUUCGGCACGUCACUGGUCCGCCGGCGCCAAAAGCACCCGGAAAGGCUACUAAGUCCUGCUUUAAACUAGACACUACGUCCAAACCAUCGUCGGAGGCAGAUGCUGAGGAGGUGAAUCUCUUGAACCGCUACUUUUCCACAAAGACACUCUUUAAUGUCCCACUGGACUGCAAGGAUGAAGCGAGGCAGGUCCUCGAGGCGAGUGCAACGGAUCCGCAUGUACGGCAUGCCCUGGCGUCGCUGCGUGCGCUGCGUGGUGAUCUCGAGACGUCUGGCGAUGUCUAUGCGUCAAUAGAACAAACAACACCGAGAAACGACCGCGCACUAGAGCAGUACUGUACAUCUCUUGCGGGCGUCGCGUCUAACCUGGCGGCUCCCAGGCCAACCCCGUACCACGUCCGCUCUACGCUGCUGUGCUGCCAGCUGUUUAUCAGCAUAGAGCAGGUCCGCGGCCACUUUGCCGUUAUGGUACAGCAUAUCACAGCGGGACUGGAGAUUCUGCGCGAGAAUCGCCCAAGACCGUUCCUGACAGCGCCAAAACAACUUGUUCGUGUCAAUCAAGGCUCAGUACCGUUGCUAGACGUCUUCGUCAUUAAAUUGUUCGCUGCGCCAUGUAAGUUUGCCGAUGCUUCAGCAGCAGCCAAAGACGACAUACCACAACCAAAGGAUGACAACCACCGCGUAAUCUCGCCGGAUGUGCGUGCUGGUCUUACCAAGACAGCUGCUUCGACGUUGCAGUUUCUGGAGGAUGUUGCUGGCGUCCAGUCGGCAGACGAAGCGGCAAGGCUGCUCGUCCGGCGAUCGGCUCUACUGCAAUCGCUGGAGGAGUGGCUCUCUAGCCUAAAGCAGAUCCAUCCAGAGGAGGAUCCGAAGCUGGAACUUUUGUCUGUGUCGUUUAUGCGCUUGUUUCAACUCGCGCUCGGGAUUAUUUUGAGCGGGACGCUGGUGGACGGCGUCGAUGCGGACAUACGAGCAAAGGGCGAACAAUUACAAAGCAGGGCGGCUGUGAUUGACGAGCGAGUCAAGCUGUAUCAUAUGAAUAGACAAUAA